AUGUUCAGGUCUCAAAUGCACUUUGUGAUUCAGAACAUUGAGAAGACAGCUCUACUCUCUGAGCAUGUCAAUCUGCUUACUGCUGAGAUGGAAUCCAAGACAGCAGAUCAGAAAAUGCAGGAUUUUGAGACACAGAUUAAUCUGACUGAGAGAGAGCAGCAGAAACCCUUCUCUAAGAAGAUAGCAGAGAGAGAUUUUGAGAUGAUUAUCAUCUCAGAUGAGAAGAAGAAGAAGAAGAAGAAGAAUAAGAAGUGA